GGAGGUGCGGUUGUUGUUCAGUCGGUGGCGGUGUAGCGGCUAAAUGCUAAAGCUAGCGACACCAGGCAGCAACCAGGAACCACUGACGUGAAGUUAUGACAACCGACAUGAUUUCACCAGCAACUUGAUUCGCCAAAUAUGUUGACGGCCGACUUGUCAGCGUCACUGUCGAGCAGGAAGCGACGCCGCGCACGAGACGCUCACUAAAGGGAAACUGUAAAGCUGAGUAGCAUGCUGGACGUGGGGAAGUGGCCAGUGUUUGCACUCCUUCCUCCAGAGGAACUGAAGCUUAUCCGGCAGGCCUGUGUCUUUGGCAGCGCUGCGAACGAAGCCCUCUAUGUCACCGUUAACGAUGAGGUCUUUGCGCUGGGCACCAACUGCAGCGGCUGUUUAGGGCUCGGAGAUCUUCAAAGCACUAUUGAGCCGCGCAGGAUUGAUGUCUUGUGCGGAAAGAAAAUUGUGUCCCUGAGCUAUGGAACGGGACCACAUGUGGCUAUCGCUACUGCAGAUGGAGAGGUGUUUGCGUGGGGCCACAAUGGCUACAGCCAACUUGGCAAUGGGACCACCAACCAUGGACUGACCCCUGCCCUGGUGUCCACCAACCUCCUGAGCAAGAGGGUCACAGAGGUGGCCUGUGGCUCCCACCACACCAUUGCCCGAACAACUGAUGGAGAGGUCUAUGCAUGGGGUUACAACAACUCGGGCCAAGUGGGUUCAGGCUCCACCGCCAACCAGCCGACACCACGGAGGGUCAGCAGCUGCCUGCAGAACAAAGUGGUGGUUAACGUGGCCUGUGGGCAGCUCUGCUCCAUGGCCGUUCUGGACAAUGGAGAGAUCUAUGGUUGGGGCUACAACUGCAAUGGGCAGCUCGGUUUGGGCAACAAUGGAAAUCAGCAGACGCCGUGCAGGAUCGCUGCUCUUCAGGGUGUCAACAUCGUCCAGGUUGCCUGUGGAUAUGCACAUACAUUGGCACUUACAGAUGAGGGGUUGGUUUACGCCUGGGGUGCCAACUCGUACGGGCAGUUGGGAACAGGCAAUAAGAGUAACCAAGCUCUUCCCACGCAAAUAAACACAGACAAGGACAGGAUGGUGGAGGUGGCUGCGUGUCACACCAGCCACACGUCAGCUGCCAAGACCCAGAGUGGGCAGGUUCUGAUGUGGGGUCAGUGUCGAGGUCAAGCGGUUGCCAGUCCCCACGUCACCCACUUCAGCGGCACAGACGAUGUGUUUGCGUGCUUCGCCACGCCGGCUGUCACGUGGCAUCUCCUCUCAGUAGAUGGUGACGACUACCUGACUGUGGCUCAGUCUCUGAAGAAGGAGUUUGACAGCCCAGAGAUUUCAGACAUGAAGUUCUUGGUUGAUGGGAAGUGUAUCCAUGUUCACAAAGCUCUGUUGAAAAUCAGGUGUGAGCAUUUCCGUUCGCUUCUGAACGAGACAGACGAGGACUCCAUAGAGAUCCACCAGUUCUCCUACCUGGUGUACAGAGCCUUUCUGGAGUACCUCUACACAGACACUAUCAACCUGCCACCAGAGGAUGCUAUUGGGCUGCUGGACUUGGCUACGUUCUACCGAGAGACAAGGCUGAAGAGGCUGUGCCAGGAAACCAUCAAGAGGGGCAUCGCAGAGGAGAACGCCAUCACCCUGCUCUCUGCUGCUGUCAAGUAUGAGGCGCGGGACCUGGAGGAGUUCUGCUUCAAGUUUUGCGUCAACCACCUCACAGCUGUCACGCAGACCCAGGCCUUUGUGGACAUGGACCACGACCUGCUCAAGAACUUCAUUAGCAAAGCCAGCCGCUAUGGGGCCUUCAAAAACUGACUAGACUGCCCCUGUAGUGACUAGUUGAAGCUCACCCGGGUCUAGAGGGUCGACCCUAGACCAAAGUAAACAGGAGGCCGAUCAGUGGUUCAAAGCCUUGUGGCCGGGGGAGUAAACACUGGAGGGGCAAAGGGUUUAAGGUUUCCCCCCUCUAGCUGAUGCUUCUGUGUGACUGGCCUCACCUCGGCCACACACAGCGGCCGCACGCUGGGUAAAUACUCACCUCAGUCCCGAGCAGACAGCGUGGUCGUCCUUCUGUCACCUUUGUGUUAUUGACUAAUCGCUCGGCUGAUUCAGUAUCAGAUUUGUUUUGAUCACACUUGUCACCAGCCUGAUGUGGUGCAUCGGUGAGCAGCUCGGACAGGACACGUCAAGUCACUGCAUCAAUCUUUGCAACCACCCAAGGUUUGUUGCUUUGAAGAUCACAGCCCUGCAUCAGGAAGUAAAGCGAAUGAUCAAUAGGUAGUUAAGUGCACGCAAUUUGUGAUCAGCAGCGACAGGAAGUGAUCGGAAACAAACGCGUAGGCCAGGACUUGACCUUUCACAUUGUGCUGCUUUUCUUUGAAGCCUUUUUUCCAGAUUGAGGAGUAGAUUUUAACGAGGGGGGAAACAAGCUGCUGUUCUAUUUUACAAACUUCAACUUGUUUUUUUUUCCUGAAAAAUUAUAAUUAGCAUCUGAUCAACAAAACCAAUUUCUUGUGUAAGUCACUGUUACAUUUUUGCCACGUUUGUUUUGUAUCGUAGUUUUUCACCUUUGUCAUCCGAACUUUCCGUUACCGUUUAUGUAUUGGAUUAAUGUAUUGACAUUUGCACUGUUUGCUCUGGUCGACUGUCAGAGGACUGAUAGAGGAAGGUGUAGUCAGUUACACUUCACCGGAGAUAAGGACGUCCUACUGCGCGUCAACCUGUUUUCAGAUUAACCCUUUGUGUGCAGCUGGAAACUCUGUUGACUCACACAAGCUUUUAUUGUGUAGCCUGUCGAUGAUGCACCACUGUAGAUGCAACAGAUUUACGCUAUUUGGUUUGUUUACGGAAGUUUGGUUGGCAUUGUUCUCUUUUCUUUUUUUUAAAUAUUUAAUAUGUUAGCAUCAAACUUCUGCUUCUUUUUACGAUAGGUUUCUUAAUAUCUGUCACCUGGUAGCACUUUGUGGAAAUUAGCUUAUUUUUAAAUGCCAACUGUGACUGCGUUGAAUAUAGCCCAGUAUAUACCAGGCAUAUAGUUACCAUAUAAUUCCAUAUAAAAUUCCUAAAUGUGUCUAAAUAUAGUAACAAAAUACUUUUUCUCUAACAAGCAAACUAUUAUUAUUUUUUAUUUGGAAUAUUUUGAUAAUUUGUAAAAAAAUAUAUAAAAAGCCUACGCUGUCAUUUUGUAUGAAACAUUCUGUACACUGCUGUCAGCUGUGACGGUCUAAAGGUAAUAAAAUGAAAAACUGAAUAA